CUGACAAAAAGGAAGGGGCAUUGACGUAUUAUAUAUGUUCUAAGCAAAGCAGUUCUUCUGCGUAAUGUCUAGAAGAGGGGGCAAACGACGACAAAUUGUGCAGUUGGACGGCAGCAACACCAGCAAGUUACACCGGUAUGGAUACAGCAAAGGACUUCAUUCAGGAAAAGCUGAACCCCCAAGGUUAGUCGGUGACUAUGCAGAUUCUGACUCUGAUGAAAGUGAUGACAACCAGGCAGCUGCCAGCACAGAGAGGACUGUCUCUCCAGGCCCGACCCCAGAAGAUGGUCCAGACACAGAUCAGGGUCAGACGGUCGGGGAAGAAGCGCCACCUGGUGGGGACAUGGACGAUGAACUGAGAAACUUCCUCUCCGAAAUUGAAGCCAUCCCGAUGCCAGAGGAAGGCUCCCUACCUCAGCCUGCCCCCAUCAGUACAGGAACCAGUAGCGAAAAAACCUGGGAACUGAAGGCUUUCCAGGAGAUGGAGAAGAGCCACGAGGAGAGGGAAGCAACUCCACCUCCAAAGGAGGAAACCAGCACGAUCUCAGCCACAAGAAAAGCCAACCCGUCCAAGGGGUACUCUAUGUUUGUGAAAGGAGAGCCGGAGUUUGUGAGCAGCCCGUCGAGAGACGUUGCCGAGGCAACCGCGGAGUCUGGCAAGAUUGAGGACAAGUUGGCUGGUGACCAGGAAGGGGAGUUGAAUGAGGAAGAGAUUCCAGAAGAACCAGUGAGCCUCUGGCAGAUGGUGCAAGACGAGACCUCUCAGUAUUACUACUACUGGAACACGGUGACCAACGAGGUGACCUGGGAGAUCCCCACGGAGUACACCCAGUUCCUCCUGCUGCAGCGAGAGUACCAGGAGCGCAUCGCCAAGUACAGCGCCGAGCAGCUGCAGAGACUCAAGGAAAAGCAGGCCAGCAAAUACAGUAAAGUCAACGGUACAGGUAGCACAGGGGCUCUGACACAUUCAGCUGUGGAGGCACAGAGCAGUAAAAAUCUCGACACUCAGGUUUCUACCUCAAAGCAAGAAUCCCUCCCUGUUUCCAUUUCGUCUUCCUCCUCUCACAGUAGACACAAACAUGAAAAGAAGAAGAAAAGCCACAAGUCGAAAAAGCACAAACAUCGACGUAAUGAGGGUUAUUCUUCAGAUGAAGGGGGAAAGGGGAGACACUCACCUCAUAUGCCUGACAUCGGACCUCCGGAAGGGCCCACAGCUCCUCCCGCUGUGAUAGGUCCCAGCUUACCUAGCAUCGUGCCGUAUCUAUCGGACCAGGAAGACGACGACAACGAGGAUGAAGAGGAUAAUGGGGUCAAGUCGAUGCCGGAGCUCGGAGGUCCCGAAGUGGACAGUAGGAAGUCGAGCCCGAGUGACAGCGGGAAGGUGGAGAAGGAAGAAGUUGAGCCGUCCAUGCCUGUGUUAGGUUCUGUCAGUGAAGUUCGAGAGGAUCCCGAAGACAUGGCUCAAGGGGAACAACUGGUGAAGGAGAAAGAUGCCGGAGGGACUGAUGAUGAUGGUGAGAAUGAUGAUCACAGUGCACCAGAUCUUCCUCCCGAGUUACUGGCGGAGGUUGGCGUGAAGGAGCCUGAUGUUACUGCUAGUGCUGGCGAAGAAGCCAAUGAUGUGUCCAAUCAAGCGCAGUGUGUAGCAGUCACAGAAGACGGGGAUAGUGAUCAGAGUGAAGGGUUCGCUGCCCCUUCCUCUUCCAGUGUCAGCUUAUUGCCGAAGGACGAAAGCUCGAGUUCAGAGAUCAAGGUGGAGGAGUCAGGUCCUCCUUUGCCAAAUGUGGAGAGCUGUGAGGAAGGCUUGUCAGCCGCCGUUUUGCCGAAGCAGGAUGCUGAGGGGAAAUGUCAGGAGGAUGAUGUUAAGUUGGAGCAAGUGACAACAUCUUCUGCAGAUAGUUCUGAAAAGGACCGCACGAAAAAAUCUCGAAAAAAGAAGGAAGAGUUGGAUAUGUUUGCAGAAGACUUCCCCUCUAUUGUUUCACCGAAACCCGCGCUGUCCGAUGAUGAAGCAGUUGCAACGGCCAAGCUGGAAGUGAAAUCUGUGGAGCUUGAAAAAGAUGCCAAAGACGCUGUCAAGAUGGAGUCUAUGGAGGAAGGAGAGAUUUCGGAAGGGUUGGAGAACGUCAGCAGUGUUGAGAAGGAAAAGGCUGCAGCCAAGGUGGUCUCAAAUAGUUCACUGCCCAAGCAAGAGAAACUUUCCUCAAGGAAGUCGGAUAAACCGAAAGACAAGCCCAUGGCCAGCAGCAGUGGUGGGAAUAAAUCCUCCAAGUCUUUCAGCAUUGUAGCAUCUUAUGGGGGUACUGACGAGGAGGAGGAGGGAGAACUGAAGGAGAGUGAUGGAGAGAGGUCAAAGCGGAGGAAGAAAGAGAAAAAGAAAGAAUCGAAAAAGAGAAAAUUAGAUGUAAAGGCAGAGAAGCCGUCUGUUGACCUCGAGAAAAUCGUAAAACCUCCUUCAGAGCACCAGGAAAUAGUUGAGGAGAAAAAACUUAAGGAGAAAGGGAAAGAGGAGGUCCCUUGCCCAGAGCAGCAGAGUGGUAGUGGCAAUGAUAUGGCAUUGGUCACUGAGGAUAUUGACCCGGAUGACCUUGACGACAUUGACCGUGCCCUUGAGCUGGCCCUGGAGAAGAAACUGGAGCGGAAAAAGGUGGAGCUUCAAACUCAUGAUGUUGCAAGUGUGGAUGUGAAAUUGGCCAAUGGGAAUGGAGCCCAGCUUGUCACAGAGACAGCUAAGGAUGUUGACUCUAAAGGGGAUGGAGACUCGAAGACAGGAGCUGAGGCAGAGGAAGAAAACCUGAAGACUGAGAUAAAGGAGAUGGCAGAGCUGGCUCUGAACAAGCUGGAGUUUCUGGACAUCGGCACAGACAACCUGUCGCGUCUGCAAAUCUUGUUUAUCGAAUUGCAGACGCGGCUGACAGACUGGGGUGCGGGCGGGCUGUCGAGCCAGUACUUUCGUCAGCAGCUGGUGGUGGCCGAGGGUCUCCUGCAGCAGUACGAGCUGAGCGCGGUGCCCGAGGGCUGGGCGUGUCAGUGGGACAGAGCCAACAACCGCUACUACUACCGCCACAAGGUCACCGGCCGCAUCCAGUGGGAGUACCCCGAAGUCAAGGACGACAAGGAGGAGGUCAAGGAGAAGGAGAGCGGCAGGAAAGCCUCGACCAAUGAGAACAGGUCGCGAGAUGCCUCGGAGGUGGAGGAUCGCAAGAGCCGGAGCAGCAGCGGCCGCCACAGGAAGCGAGAGGAGAAGGAGAGAAGCAAGUACGACAAGCACAGCAGCUCCCACCGACACAGGCGCAAACGCCGGCGCCGUAGAGACCACAGCAGCAGCAGCGAGGGGAGCGCGGCAGACGCGACGGCCACCCCCAGACGCCAGCACAAGAGCAAGCGGAAGAAGCGGCAGAGGUCAGAGGUCAGAUCUCCCAGUGUGGAAAUUCUGGACGAUCCGGAUGUACUGGAGGUGAGAGAUGGGAGUGGCUCUCCACAGGCCGGAAGCUCCCGGGCAUCUCCACUGCCCCCAGACCUGACCGCAUCUGGCUUAGAGCUUGGAGUGAGCCCGCUGCCCAGCCCGCCACCUAUCCCAGCCCCACCUCACUCAGAGGAGGGGGAGAACCCGCCAGAGCUCCAGCUGGAGACAACCGGCUCUGAGGUCAAGGACCCAGAGGCUGAUGCUGGGCUCGGUGAUGGUAUCGAUGGUGAGGCGAUGGAGGAGGAGGGCGGGGAGAAGAAGGAGGAAAAGGAGGCAGAGGAGGAGAAUUCGGCCGUGAUCUCACGACCUCCCCAGAUCAUCAUUCCCCCACACGUAGUGGCCAUGCAGCCCCCUGAGCUUUACUCGGCACCACCUUUGCCCUCGGCACCAGCUGUGACGAGCCAACCUGGCGCCUCGACGACGGAGACAAACCCUUCACAGCAGGAGGCAGACGCAGAGAAGCAGAUCAAGAAGAAGAAGAAAGAAAAGAAGUCGUCGGCUGCAGGCUCCAGUGGCAUGAUGAAGAAGAAGCACAUGAGCUCCAUGGUGCAGAAGUGGCAGCGGGUCAAGAAGGAGGUGGAGAAGGAAGACAGGGACAAGGAGCUCAGGCAGGCAGCCAUCAGACAGAAGAUUCAGGAACUCAAGUAGAGGACAAGGGCACACAACACACAUAUGUAUACGCGCACUCAUACACGCACACACACACACUCAUCAUAUUUAUACUCUGUGAGAGCCUUCAGUGUUUGUGCAACUUGAUGCAUAUUCAAAAAAUCGUAGUGGUAAAAAGG